UGACGUCAUGAAAUUUGUGUAACAACGUUCCGUCGGUUUCUCGGACGCUCGCCAUCUUUGAAGACGACAGUCAGAGACGUUUUUCAGCUUCUUUGUUGACACAUUUCACACAAACUACAAACCUCACUCGGUCAGAGGCGUGUGAUUGUUCGGAGGAAGAUGCGGCACUCAAAGCGAAUGCGUUCCCCAGGCGUCUGGCUCGACGAGUACAGCUGGGAAGAGAGGAUGGAGUGUCGUAAACGCAGGAAACGAGACUCGCACAGCAGCGAGAGAGAAAAUAAGUCUCGGAGGACUCUGCGUCACCACAAGACACACGAGGGGCAUUACCUGGAGACCCGCAGUUUGAACCAGAGACUGGACACUCGGGAAGGUCACAGUUUGGACAUGGUGUGUGAGGAGGGCACUCGUGAAGACACCUACAAGGACAGAGACGAGGACUGGCACCACUACAGCAAAUCAUCCGGGCGCAGUGGUCGGAGUGGUCGCAGCAGACGAAGCAGCCGCAGGAACAGAGACAGAAGGCGGAGACGAAGCCACUCCCGCCACCGGUCCUCCACGAGGAGGAGCCAUCACCGCAGGAGCAGGAAAAGAUCCAGGAGUGUUGAGGAUGAUGACGAGGGUCACCUCAUCUAUCACAGUGGAGACAUGCUGAGAGCGAGAUAUGAGAUUGUGUGUACUCUAGGAGAGGGUGCCUUUGGGAAGGUCGUCGAAUGCAUUGAUCACACAAAUGAUGGAGCUCGAGUAGCUCUGAAGAUCAUUAAAAAUAUAGACCGCUACCGCGAGGCAGCUAUGUCUGAGGUAGAGGUGCUUGAGCAGUUGAAGUCCCUCGACUCUGAUAAGAGAUAUGCUUGUGUGCACAUGCUGGACUGGUUUGACUACCACGGCCACAUAUGUAUUGCCUUUGAGCUGCUUGGCCUCAGCACCUACGAUUUCCUCAAGGAAAACAACUUCCAGCCUUUCCCCGUAGAGCACAUCAGGCACAUGGCCUACCAGAUCAUCAAAGCAGUGCGAUUUUUACACAAGAACAAGCUGACCCACACAGAUCUGAAGCCUGAGAAUAUUCUCUUCAUUGAUUCAGACUACGAUAUGGAGUACAACUCUGAAAUGAAACGGGAUGAGCGCACAUUGAGGAACGCAGAUGUGAAAAUUGUGGACUUCGGUAACGCCACAUAUGAACAUGAGCACCACACGUCUGUGGUGUCGACACGUCACUAUCGUGCUCCAGAGGUCAUUUUAGAUCUCGGCUGGAACCAUUCCUGUGAUGUCUGGAGUGUGGGUUGUAUCCUCAUUGAGUACUACCUCGGUUCUACUCUCUUCCAGACCCACGACAGUAAGGAGCACCUUGCUAUGAUGGAGAGAGUCCUCGGCCCGAUCCCCACAAACCUCCUGCAGAGAACUAAGAAACAGCGGUAUGUUCACCGGGGCAGGCUUGACUGGGACGCACACAGCUCCUCUGGGAGAUAUGUCAAGAAACACUGCAAACCCCUCAAGCAUUACAUGUUGUCUAAGAGUGAAGACCACCAGCAGCUGUUCGACCUGAUACAGAAGAUGAUGGAGUACGACCCAGCAAAGCGCCUCAGCCUUGAACAGGCCCUGCGACAUCCUUUCUUCAACUGUUACCAGAGCAGUAGCAGCAAAAGCAAAAGCAGCAGUAGCAAAAGCAGCAGCAGAAGAAGCAGCAGCGGAAGCAGCAAAAAAGACUGAACUCCCUGAAGCUGUAAACCUCUGACCUGUAACCUCGGCCAGGGCUUGGCUGUCAACAUGACAUUUAUCAUGGUGCUCGGUGCCAGCCUCUACUUCCUGACUCUCCAGGAGAGGUGUACCUUAACUGACUGUAUCAGUCCACUGCCCUGCUUUACUGUGUCCUGUCCUCCGCCGGUGUGUUUCUUAGCCUGACUCAUCAAGUUGUGUUUUCAUUUGUGGCAUGUUUAAUGUAAUGAAUCUCCAAACUGAUUUUCUAUUUAUUAAUUUGUAGCUUCUAAGCCCAUACUGAGCUUUUUCUGUUUUUGUUUUUUUUAGCCCAACUGUGUCCAAGUUCUCUCUAUGCAUUGUCAAGUUUGUGAUGGGUAACAUUGAGAGCUACUUAAUUCCCUGCAUCAGUCUCACAAGUGAUAAUUUAUUCAGCAUUGACGGAUGUAAAAAAAAGAGAAGAAAAAAGAUAUCGCAGGCAGAAAUCCUUGUACAUAAAGUUUGUUAAGAUAUUUUUUUUCACUGGCCCGUUAUGUAACUUUUGCAGAAUCCUGUACAUUUUCUCAAUAAACGUGAAUGGACGACA